GUGUUUCCCCUUCCAACGCAUUCCCCUCAGCCCCCUGGUCUUAAUGAAUGCACGACCCUUGAUAGUAAGAAGACCUCUGAAUCGUUUGACCGCAUAUGUGAUAUAGACAUGCGCCCCAAUACUGCGCAAAUGACUACAGCGGCGGCCAUCUCAUUGUCCCGAACGUCGUCAAAAGUUGCGUCGUUUCGGAUCAAACUUCAAGCUACCCAUUCCAAUUCCAACCAAGUCGUACACACCCUCAGCAAAAUGUCAUCCAACACCUUUGAUACCGCCAUCCAUCAAGUGUCUCAGGGAGGUUGUACCUCCUCGACUCAUGAGGAUGACCGUGCAGUUUUCAAACUCUUGCCUGACGUGUCUCUCAUUUCCACUAAAGUGCCAGGAUCUCAAGCAGCACAUACUCAAAUGCACAACAACAUCAGAGCACUCAUCUUUGAUCGAGGACCCCAUUUUUUGGCACUAUUAAUCCCGCAGACGCAGACAACCGCAAGCAGAAAGAAGCGUUCGCUGACAUGAUUGACAGCACACUGAGCAUGCUAAUGAGAAAGCUAUUGAAGGCCAUGGUGAUGAUCUGUGAAAGCAUCAAAGAGGUUGUGUGUGUAUUCCCAGUAUUGUGGGUUAUUCGGACAUUGUCCAUGGUACUGUACUUGCUAUACACGUUGCAUCUGUUGCCAAAAUAAAGUUGCCAAACGGCACAAACAGUUCGGUGGAGGAAAUAGUAAUUAUAUAUCAAAA